AUGAGUUUGGUUAGUAAAAAGUGUGAAUCAAUAUCUCUUCUCGAGUCCAAUCGUGAUGAAAUCAUCUCUAACAACGUUACCCCAGACGACGUGUUAAGGUUCAAUAAGAUUACUGAUACCUACUUAUGUAGUCCGGAUGCUAACGUGUACGAUAUAGAUUUCACACGAUUUAAAAUACGCGAUCUCGAAACUGGCACCGUUCUUUUUGAAAUCGCCAAACCUCCGACCGACUUCGGUGUUGAUAAUGAGGGUGCAGAAGAAGUCCCUGAAGAACCGUUGGAUCCUAACGCGGGCAGAUUCGUCAGAUACCAAUUUACUCCACAGUUUCUAAAGCUCAAGACAGUCGGAGCAACGGUUGAGUUUACAGUUGGGGCUCGGCCUGUCAAUCAUUUUAGAAUGAUUGAGAAACACUUCUUCAGGGACACAUUGCUUAAGACCUUUGAUUUUGAAUUUGGCUUCUGCAUUCCAUUUUCAAGAAACACAUGUGAACAUAUAUAUGAGUUCCCGUCACUGCCACCAAAUCUUGUUGAAGAAAUGAUAGCAGCCCCGUUUGAGACAUGUUCCGAUAGCUUCUACUUUGUGGACAACCAUCUUGUUAUGCACAAUAAAGCCGACUACGCCUACAACGGAGGCAUUAACAAUUAA